CUACCCGGGUAAGACCACGAUGGCUAUUGUGACGCUGGCCAACUACGACUGGUUCAAGCAGUGGGAGAACGAGCGGUGCACCAAACGCGGCGCCGACUACGAGGGCGUCAAGAACACGAUCGGCGACAAGCUGGUGGCGCAGGCCACUCGGCUCUUCCCCCAGAUCAGGGACCAUAUCGACUACGUGAGCUUCGGGAGCCCGGUGACGAACAACUUCUACCUGGGGGCGCCGCGGGGCGAGAUGUACGGCAUGGACCACAACCAGGAGCGCUUCAGCGGCGAGAGUCAGACCCUGCUGCGUCCCGCCACCGACGUGCCAGGUCUGUACCUGACCGGCCAGGACAUCCUCAGCUGCGGCUUCUCGGGCGGCCUUACGGCGGCGUGCUGGCCCGCCAGCGUCGUGCUGGGCCGCAACUGCUUCUCCGGACCUACCGUGCUCAAGAUGAAGGUGCGAGUCGGUGUCUAA